UUAUUCGUUUCCGAACGUCGGUCGUGAUCGGGUCGUCGUUUUUCCAACAAGACUUAUAACCACAGUAUAGUUGCCGCCAUAGACCACGGUUCAGGUGGCCGACGUUUUAGUCUCUCUGGAUCCGAUCUUCUAAAGGCAUCAUGAAAUUGAUGCCCCUGACUCCGGGUCAGGUGUCAACUAUAACGCGACACGGCGGUGGCGUCGGCGUCGGCGGUGGCCUAGGCAGUGGCUUGAGCGGCGGUGCGGCAGUCGGCGGCGGUGGCGUGACCAACGGGGGCACCACCGGCGGUCCAGGCAUGACCAACAACGCAGCAGCCGCGGCGUUCGUGUUCAACAGCGGUGCAGCGGCAGCCGCUGACCUGUUCUGGCGUUACCACCAUCACCAUCCGCACCACGGCGGUGCCUUCAACUUUCCUCCUUCGCCGACACUUUUGCCGCCCACUCCGUUCCCGUCGCCACUCGACUUCAAACACCACUUGCCAGCCAACUUGAUUACCGACCCGAGAAUUUGGACCAAAGAAGACGUGGCCGCGUUCAUACAGUGGGCUGAAAUCGAAUUCGACUUGCCGCGGUUCGACACCGAACUGUUCCAGAUGAACGGCAAAGCGCUUUGCCUGUUGACCAAACAAGACUUGAACGAACGGUGUCCGGGCGCCGGUGACCUGCUCUACAACGUGCUGCAACUGCUGCGGCGCGGCGGCGACAUGAUGAGCGCCGGAAGUGCCGGACACCUGCCCGGCAGCCCGGUUGCCUCACACUUCCCUUUCAGUCCUACGUGGUGUCUGCCGGCACCGUCUUCGCCGGCCGUCCUCAGCCCGGCCCCGUCCAUAGACAGCCAGUCGGACAGCCCUCGGCACAUGGACUACCACCAACAGCAGCCGCCGGUCGCCUCCACUACGUCCACGGUCGGCCACCACCUAACGCCCAGCGUGUCCAUAUUCCCGACGACUCCAACAAUUGGAUACUCGAACAAUGGCGGCACGAGCUCUGGCGGCAGCAAUCAAUCCGAUUCCGACCCAGAAGAGUCGUCUGCUAGCAGUGGAACGCUGAACUUACCGCCACCCACGCCUACCACCCCGUCUUCUUCAACGUCACCUCCGCCAUACUCUCCUUCCACGCCCAAACAGUCUAACGGAAAUAUAUUCUUCCCGUCUGGCGAUUCAAACUCAAUCGAACCAAAUACAAAUGGUCGACUAUUGUGGGAUUUCCUACAGCAACUGCUGAAUGAUACACAUCAACGUUUCACUGGCUUCAUAGCGUGGAAAAAUCAAGAAAUGGGAGUUUUCAAGAUUGUCGAUCCCCCAGGUCUGGCCAAACUGUGGGGCAUACAGAAGAACCAUUUGUCUAUGAAUUACGACAAAAUGUCCAGGGCCUUACGUUACUAUUACAGAGUAAACAUCCUCAGGAAGGUGCAGGGUGAAAGACAUUGUUACCAGUUUCUUCGUAACCCCAGUGAAUUGAAAUGCAUAAAAAAUAUAUCUCUGUUGCGUCAGCAAAUGGCGUCAUCUCCUCAGACUCCGACUACAACUACUCCCAAACUCGAAUCAUCAACGGGAGAUGUAUCUGAUGAAGACUAUAAACCAACUGACUUGAGCAUGUCUUGUCCACCCAACUCGUGGCAAGAAGGACCUCAAGACUUGUCGACAGCGUCGACCAGUUCAUCAAUGCAACUGCAGCUCAAUAUGUCUACUUCAAUGACCCCACCAGUGUCUUCUGGUAUGACUAAAGCGGCUCUUAAACUUGAACAAGCUUCAUAGAGUAGUCGUCAGUAUCCUCCCUCCCCCCACCGUGCGCCUUAAUUAAAUCAGCGUAUACAAAUUUACUCAAGAAAAAAGUUUUUAUUAUAUAUUUUUUUUCUUAAUAUGUUACCAUGUCGAAUGUUUUAUUUUGUACGCUAACCACGAACUGUUUCCAUACAUAUUUCCUAAUGGUAUGUUCGGGGUGCAAUCCACACAGGGUAUUCUUAUUGUAUCCAAAAUAAUAAUAAUAAUAAUAACAACAAGAUUUAGUUGUACUAAACAUGUCAAGAGUUAUUAACAGUCUCCGACUGCGCCAAUGGCACAUCCCUUAAGACUGUCGCACAACGAAAUAUACACAGCGCAACGAAAAUGAUGCUUGCAUCUGAAAAAUGUUACGUUACCAGUAGUAUAUUAUGAUUUUUUUUUAAUUAUUAAUUUAAAAAAAAAAAAUGACUGACAUUAUUAAACGCAGUUGACUAGUAAAAGUUUGUGCGAGAAAAACCACGUCUGAGACUUUGGAUUUUAUUUUUAUACAGUUAUAUAUAGCCGAAUAUAUUUUAAGAUUAAAAUUUUUUAUUAUGUAUAAGCAAAUAGGUGAUUGAUAAAAACAAAAUUGUCUUCCUCGAUUUAGAAAAUUAAAAAUUGAUAAGAAAAGAUAGUAAUUAAAAAAUGUUGUUAUAAUUUGUUGAAUCAUGUACAUAUGUCUAUUUAAAUAAAUUUAUUAUUAUUAUUAUUAUUAUUAUUAUUAUUUUAUUAUUAUUAUACAUACAUAAUGAAUAAAUAAAUAUAUAUAUAUUUUUUUAAGUGUAUUAACUUAAUCAAAUACCUCAUAAGUUUUAUUACUAAUUAGGUUAUUAACUUGUUAAAAAAAAAAAAAAAAAAACUAAAUUAAAUUAAAUUAAAUUUACUUCAUUGCCCGAAUUGUUAAUGCCGUUAUGUCUUUCAAUCACGUACGGCCAAAUCCGUACAUAUUUAUGUAUUGUAUUAUAAUAUUAUUUAUAACAAUUAUACAUUGAAAAUGUGAUGCCCAAAUUUGUUCAGUACAAACUCAGAUUAAGUUAAUUAGAUUUGACUUAUGUUGGGUAAUUCAAUGAAAAAAAUAUGUAUAAUUUUUUUUAUUUGCUUUAACGAGACUUGUUGUUUUUGAUGUUCAUUUUAUAUAAUAAUAUAUAAAAGUAUAAAUAAACUGUUUUCUUCAAUACAUUUUUAAUUUUAAGCUAACAUUCCUCAUAAAUCGUAAUCCUUUAAAUAGUUUUUUUUUUUAAUUUAUAAACUUUUUUUUCAAAAUUACAUAUCAGAAUCAUAUCAAUAAAACUUAAAUAUUAUUAUAUAACAGUUAUAUAAAUUUGUAUUUUUCAAAAUUUUGUAUUGCAAUAAUGUCAGUAAAGAGGAAUGUGGUAAUUUUUUUUUUUGUAACACGACUGUGUAAUUGACUUGCUAUUCAUGGAUAGUUCAAUUUUGUAUUAAUAACAUAAAUAAUUAUUAAUAUUUUUUUUCUUGUUGUAUUUUAUAGUAGUAUUAUUAUAUGAUGUGGUCUCAUAUUCAGGGUUUAAAGAAAAUACAUUUUAUAUAAUAUUUUAUUUUAGAGUUUAUGUACAUUAAGCUCACUUGUUGUAAACUCACGGGUAAAAUUUUUAAGAAUUUGUUUUUUUUUCUUUUUGGAAACGAUUUUCAUUGCUUGUAUGUUGUUUUGUAGAGGUUUAAAAUUAUUACAUAUUGAUCUCUAAAAUAAAAGAAAAAUUAAAAAUUAUUAAGACCCUAAAGAUACAUAGUUAUUUUGUAGUACAUAUUAUAUUAUGUAUAAAUAUUAUUAAAUAUAUUAAUUCUCUUUUUUAGUAGCAAAUACAGAAUCAAAGACCUAAUAUGUUUGUUGCAUACGUUAAAUGAAAAUUAAUUAAGAUAUUUUGUUGUAAAUAAUUUAUAUAUGAAAAAUAAAAAAAUAUUGUAAAAUAUUUUUGAAACAAGAA